ACAGAGCUGUUGCAGCAGUAGCCAACAUGUUCGUGUAGCAUAUUCCUUAGGUCUGCACAUUAGCUGUUAAUUAAUUUGCUUUUACCAGUUUUAUUUACUAAAAACUGAAAUGAAGACACUACUUGUAGGAGUUGGUGGCAAUGUGCACUAUUUUUCAUUAAGGAUGACCAAUGGAGGAAAAUCUACUCUUUCUAUGAGUCUACACCAGCAGAUACCCAACAGCUGUCUCAUUGCACAGGAUUCAUAUUUUAAGGAUGAUUCUGUGGUACCAGUGGACAGCAAUGGGUUUAAGCAAUAUGACACGCUGGAUGCUCUCCACAUGGACACGAUGAUGUGCGAGGUCGCCUCGUGGCGAAGAGAUCCUUUGUCGUUCAUGAGGCAGCGAGCCCUGAACCCAGAACACACAGCAUCAUCAGCUGAUGAGGAGGUGUAUGUGCUGAUUGUGGAGGGUUUUCUCAUUUUCAACCACAGGCCUCUGAAUGAGCUAUUUUACAAAAGAUACUUCAUGGAAAUACCGUAUGAUGUCUGCAAGACGAGACGAAGUUCGCGGGUGUACACGCCUCCUGAUCCUCCUGGAUACUUUGACGGACACGUGUGGCCAAUGUACCUGAAAGCCCGGCAGGAGAUAGAGAGCAUGGUGUCCGGAAUUGUGUUUCUGGAUGGACUGAAGCCAAAGGAAGAGCUGCUGGCUGCUGUGUGUAAAGAUGUCUGUCAGGAAAUAGAAAGGCUCAGGGAGAAAGACUUUUAUUUGUUUCCUUUUUGAAGAUGGAGACUACUGCUCCCAUGCCAGGAAUGUCAGAAAAGUUCUUUUUGGACUCGUGUGACUGAAAGGACCACACCGAGUGUUAAUGUCUAUGUAAUACCUACAAAUAGUUAUGAUUGCCAAAAUAAAUUAAUAACUGUAUAAAAAUUGACUGAUACUGUAGCAUCUGAAAUUGAUCAGCUGGAGACUGUUCAAAGACUCAGAGAAGAGAAUCACAGUGAACCUGAUGCCUUUACAGUAUUUGAAAGUUAGGAUGCACUCUGGGAAACCCAAAUAUGUGAGGUUUAUGUGACUUUUAAGAAGUUUCUGCUAAAUAGUCAGACAUAGACAUAUAGAUGAUAUCUUACAAUAUUUCACCUCUCACUGUGUAGUUUUUUAUAUAAUGCAUGGAAGAUUUUGA